CGGCGGCGUGUUGACAAGUCAGUGUUCUUUUUAAAGAGGGGAGCCCGGUGAUGAGAGUUCACCUUUAACUGGGCUCGCUCGGUCUGUUGAGGUGUGGCAGGGCUUACUGCUGUUGGUGGGCAGAUGGGUUGCUACUUGGUCCCUUCCCCCGCUUCGAAAUAGUAUUUUUUUAUUUAUUCACGACAAUUUCCUCCCACCCGUCCUGGCGUCUCCAUAAAUAUUCACUUCCCGCAGCUCCAAUCCAUUCAGGAUUACCCCCAUGGCAGAGAGCGCUCAGCAAGGUCUCUCCACCGACCACCAAUUUCCGAAGGCAGGACAACAGACCCUCCUCUGGUUGGUUGUAUUAUUGAUGUUUUCUGGAUCACGAAACCGGUCAGGAAUAACGGGAUAUUUUCCACAAAAGAUCUGUUUUUGAGGGCUGGUGUGGAUAUCGAUUCGGCGAGGAAAACCAGAUUCUUAACGAAAGUCCAUCUCUGAAACUUACUGAAGCAUCUGUUGGCUAUACCAUCUUUACUUUGAGCUGCUGGUCCACUGAAGGUUUAGAUGGCAAUGAGUAAUAUGCAGCGUAAAGAUCUGAACACUGACAUGAGAGGGGCGCAAGAUGCACAGCUCUGACUGCAACUUUUACUGAUCCAUCAUUGAAGAUGGUACACUGAAUUCUGAUGUUUUUUUCAAUUAAACUGUUCUAACCAUUAUAGAUCAAUUUUUUUUUGUAAACUGAUUACUUCCAUCCUGGGCAGCUUCUAACACUUCACAGAAUUGACCAUAAUGUAAUGAAGUAGACUUGAUCUUUCAUUUAGAAUGUUUGCUUGUUUUCUCAAUGGAUAUGAGUGACAAAAAGAUCGUACACGAAGAGCAAUCGCAUUCCAGUGGUGCUUCAGGAUUCUCCAUAGAGUCUGCUAGAAGCAUGCAGUCUGAUGAUUUCUUUCCUAGAAAAUACAAAGUCAUUAAUGGUAACAUGGGGCCUCCAAUUCCUUCUGGUACACCGUGCAAAUCUGACAGCAGCAGUCAGCUUAAUGGCACACCUGCCAUGCCAAAGAUGGGUGUGAGGGCAAGAAUCUCUGAAUGGCCUCCAAAGAAAGAAUUUGCAAAAGAAGGAACAAAUAGUAACCUAAUGACAUGGGAUAGCAGGUCAUUGGCCAGUUAUGAAAAUGUUUCCAUGAUGAGAGGUAGUCAAAAUGGACAGAGUGACCAAAGUGUUGAGGGUCUGCCUGAGGAGAACCCGGAUGUUGCUGAGGAUUUGGAAUUUGCAGAUGCGAGAUAUAUUUUUGGCGAUCUCUUCACCAGAUCUCCACAUAGGGGCCUUCACCCGAUAAGGCAGAGGAGCAACAGUGAUGUUACGAUCAGUGAUAUAGAUUCUGAAGAUGUUCUUGAUCAGAAUGCAGUAAAUCCAAACACAGGUGCUGCUCUUCAUCGCGAAUAUGGAAGCACUUCUUCAAUUGACCGACAGGGUAUAACUGGUGACAGUUUCUUUGCCAUGCUUCGAGGAUAUAGAAGUGAAAGUGAGGACCAGAGGAGCCCUGGCCCACUUGGGCUUAGUGAUCUGUUGCGCUGUGAUUCUAGAAUGUCACCCAGUCUACAAGCAGCAACUCAGAUUUCCCGAGCUGAAUUUGUCAGAGUUUCUGGAUAUGAUUAUGUGGAUAGUCCACUUUUUUUUUGCAAAGAUAGCGAUAAGCCAUUCAAACGGAGAUUGAAACCUGAAACAAUAGAGGCAUCUCUUUUUAGAAAGUUGAGAACUGCAAAAAGUGAACAUGAGGCUUUAAGGUUCUCUUUCGAGCAGGAGGAGAACAGACUGGAUAAAAGCAACCAAUUGUGGAUGUGUCACAAGUGUUUUGCACACUAUGAUGUACAGAGCAUUUUGUUUAAUAUAAAUGAAGCAAUGGCAAACAGAGCUAAUGUAGGGCAAAGAAAAAACACAACCACUGGUGCAUCCGCAGCUUCACAGCAUCCAAUUCCAGGAGGCUACUCUGCAAACUGUGAGUCUCCAACAGGCAGCAAAGAGGAAUUAAACUCAAAGGAGAAUUUGGAUUCUGAUGAGGGAGAUGGGAAAAGCAAUAAUUUGACAUUGGCAUGCCCAUACUUCAGGAAUGAGAUUGGCGGGGAAGGGGAGAGACGCAUCGCACUUUCCAGGGCUAACUCCUGUUCAUUUACUUGCAGUGAAAGCUGCUCCUUUGAGUCCUCACUCAGUUCUCACUGCACGAAUGCAGGUGUGUCAGUAUUAGAAGUACCAAGAGAGAAUCAAGCAAUCCAUCGAGAGAAAGUGAAGCGAUACAUCAUAGAGCACAUUGAUCUUGGAGCAUACUAUUAUCGUAAAUACUUCUAUGGGAAAGAACAUCAAAACUACUUUGGAACAGAUGAAAGUCUAGGUCCUGUGGCGGUCAGCAUCCGGAGGGAGAAGCUAGAUGAAUCAAAGGAGAAAGAUGGGCUACAGUACAACUAUCGCAUAGCUUUCCGGACCAGCGAACUUUCCACUCUGAGAGGUGCUGUGCUAGAAGAUGCUGUGCCAUCUACAGCUCGACAUGGCACAGCUCGAGGUUUGCCCAUGAAGGAGGUACUGGAAUAUGUGAUUCCUGAGGUGAAUAUCCAGUGCCUUAGGGUAGCUUCAAAUUCUCCCAAAGUAAUGGAACAGUUGCUGAAACUCGAUGAACAAGGGCUAAGCUUCCAGCAUAAAGUUGGAGUCCUAUACUGUAAAGCAGGCCAAAGCACAGAAGAGGAGAUGUAUAACAAUGAGACAGGAGGCCCAGUGUUCGAAGAGUUCCUUGAUCUCCUUGGCCACAGGGUGAGAUUGAAGGGCUUCAGCAAGUACAGAGCACAGCUGGAUAACAAAACUGACUCCACAGGAACGCAUUCUCUGUAUACUACAUACAAGGAUUAUGAAAUCAUGUUCCAUGUGUCAACGAUGCUUCCAUACACACCCAACAAUAGGCAACAGCUCUUAAGGAAGAGACACAUAGGAAAUGACAUAGUCACAAUUGUCUUUCAAGAGCCUGGAGCACUUCCUUUCACUCCUAGAAACAUCAGAUCCCACUUUCAACAUGUUUUUGUCAUUGUCAGAGUUCAUAAUCCAUGCACAGAGAAUGUCUGCUACAGUGUGGCUGUAUCCAGGUCUAAAGAUGUGCCUCCGUUUGGCCCACCUAUUCCCAAAGGAGUCACCUUUCCAAAGUCAGCAGUAUUCAGGGACUUUCUUCUUGCCAAAGUUAUCAAUGCAGAAAAUGCAGCACACAAGUCUGAGAAGUUCCGAGCAAUGGCUACCAGGACAAGGCAGGAAUACUUGAAAGAUUUGGCAGAAAACUUUGUUACCACAGCUACAGUUGAUUCUUCAGUGAAAUUCAGUUUCAUCACACUUGGGGCAAAGAAAAAGGAGAAGUCAAAACCCCGGAAGGAUGCGCAGCUGUACAGCUUUGGAGCUAUUGUGUGGAAUGUCCUUGCUCGAGACUUUGGCCAGUCUAAUGAUAUUGAAUGUAUUGUUGGAAUCUCAAAUGAAUUCAUCGUGCUUGUAGAGAAAGACUCUAAAAAUGUAGUUUUUAAUUGCUCAUGCAGGGAUGUCAUUGGCUGGACCUCUGGUUUAAUGACCAUAAAGAUUUUUUAUGAAAGAGGAGAAUGCAUCCUGCUGUCUGCUAUGGAAAGCUGUGCAGAUGAUAUCAGAGAAAUCGUACAGAGACUUGAGUUAGUGACCAGAGGCUGUGAAACAGCAGAAAUGACUCUGAGAAGGAACGGCCUUGGACAGCUAGGAUUCCAUGUUAACUUUGAAGGUAUUGUGGCAGAUGUUGAACCAUUUGGAUAUGCUUGGAAAGCUGGCCUGAGGCAAGGGAGUCGUCUUGUUGAGAUCUGCAAAGUAGCGGUGGCAACCUUGACCCACGAGCAGAUGAUCGACCUUUUACGAACCUCGGUGACUGUGAAAGUGGUGAUUAUUCAGCCUCAUGAAGAUGGAUCACCCAGAAGAGGCUGCUCAGAGCUGUACAGGAUACCAAUGGUUGAAUACAAAGUAGACAAUGAAGGUACUUCUUGUGAAUUCAAAACCCCGUUCAGAAGAAACACUACUUGGCACCGAGUGGCCACACCGGCGGGGCAGCCACUCUCCCGAUGCUCCCCAAUACAAGGAACGGCCGACAGGCUUCCGUCACAGCAGAUGUUGCAGCAGGUCCGCUCAGCUAUCCCUCGCAGUACAUCUUUUGACAGAAAGCUGCCAGAUGGUGUGAGAUCCAUGCAAGAUAUGGAAAAUGCUCAGCUAGCGCAAUCCAAUGUUGCUGAUGCCAGUCAGCAUUAUCGAAACUCCCCCAGCAAUCAGUCAUCUUCGAGUGAUCCAGGACCAAGUGGCAGCAGUCAUUGGAGACAGCAGUCCGGAUAUGAUGGGUGCCAAUCCCCUGUUUUACACGAUCAUCAAGGUUCAACCAGUGCUCUGACAGAAUAUGACGCACCAAGAGAACGAGAUGGCACAUUGGAGAGGACCAGAAGUGUUGAGCCCAGAUGGCAUGUCCCAUCAACAAAAAUCCUGAAUUCCUACAAGGGACUGCAAAGGGAAAGCAUUGGCAAAGAAUCUCCAAAUAAGAUUUUACAUAUUACCGAUAAUAAUUGCUCAAGCCAUUCCAGCAGCAAUACUCUGUCCAGUAAUGCAUCCAGCAAUAGUGAUGAUAAACAGUUUGGUUCUGGUGACUUAAUGGACCCGGAAUUGCUGGGCUUGACGUACAUUAAAGGGGCCUCCACUGAUAGUGGGAUCGACACAGCUCCAUGUAUGCCACCACCAUUGAUGGGCACGGUUCAUUUAACUGGCAACAGAUCAGCUGUACAAAGCAGGGCAGAGCAGAUGGUACAGUGGGUGGAUCAUUGUGAAGAUGGAGGGCCUGAAGAUGGACAAGCAAAAUCAUACAGCGUUCAUAACUACACUGCUGCAAUUUCUGCCAGCCUUGCUACCCAAGGAAGUACCGGUGAUCUCAGUGAGAUCUCCUCACAUUCCAGUGGUUCACAUCAUUCAGGAAGUCCAUCACCACGUGUUUCUAAAACUAGUGGAUCACUUGAUGCCUCCAAGGUCUAUAUAGUGUCUCAGAACAGCCCUCAGCAAGUCCUAGGGUCAUUGUCUGGAUCCUACCAUCACCAGGGUGCUGUUAACAAAUACGUCAUUGGCUGGAAGAAGCUGGAUGGAAGCCCCACACCAGAAGAGCCAGAGAUUGCAGACUGCAGAAGGAGACUGUAUGGUGAUGUAACAGAACUAUCAACUUCUAGCCAACAUCAGGCUUCAGCAGAGGACCUGAAUCCUAUCAGUAAACCGCAGCAAACAUUUACCAAGGAGGAGUUUCUGAAGCUGAUGCUGCCAGACAGCCCUCCUUUGGAACAGAGAAGAAGGAAGAUUUCUGUUUCUGGGAACUUAUCACCAAGGAAGUCUCUGUAUCGCACGCUCUCAGAUGAAAGCAUAUGCAGUAAUCGGCGAGGCUCUUCGUACAACAGCUCCCGAAGUUCAGUGCUUGAACAGGCACUGCCAAAUGACAUCUUAUUUAGCACCACUCCACCAUACCACUGCACUCUACCCCCACGUGCCUCACUCAGCCCCAGCGCCACUGGCCUACGAACUGAAUUCUGGUUCUCUGAUGGAUCUCUAGUGGAUAAGUCAAGGUUUACAGAUCCUGGCUUGAUGCCUCUUCCAGAUACUGCGUCUGGAUUAGACUGGUCAAACCUUGUAGAUGCUGCACGAGCAUUUGAAGCACCUGAGACAAUCCAUAUUAAAAAGGAUAUGAGGGGCAACGUUUUUACACAGAGAGUGGUUCGUGAGUGGAAUGAAAUCCCAGAGGAAAUGGUGGAUGCAGAUCAGAGAGUUACUUCCUUCUGCACACUGAAUGAUAUGCGGUCAACACAGAGCAUGGAGGGUUCUGAGGAACUCGGGCUACACGUUGGCCAAGCAGACAGAAAGGAUCAUUCUGAUGAUACAGAAGGAAGCAGUGCCAAUACGAUCACUGGGAAAGUGAAUCAGCUGGAGACCAUUCUCAUUCAGCUUCAGGAUGACUUGCGAAAGGAAAAGGAAGACAAGGCAAUGCUGCAGGCUGAGGUUCACCACUUGCGACAUGAUAACCUGCGGCUUCAAGAGGAGUCCCAAACUGCUGCUGCACAGCUAAGGAAAUUUACUGAAUGGUUUUUCAACACUAUUGACAAGAAAUCCUGAUAAAUGGAUACUGAGGAUCAUAAUAAAACGCACUAGGUGGAAAAUUAAUUAAUUCCUAGAAUGUGAUGCUAAUCUGUUCAGAAAUAGGUAUAGGUGUUGUAGCUAUAUUUGUGUCUGAUUCUGUUCACUUGAACACACCAAUGACAAGAAUACAAUUAAACACAACAGUUGAACUUGCUAAAGACUCGCAGCCUCUUGUACUAUAAAAUAAAAUCUUGAGACAGUAACUUCAAUGUAAAAGGUGCUCUAUUUUUUGUAAUUAGUUUCUUUUCAAUGUUGCAGUGUCAUAGCAAUAAGACUUUAGCGAUAUCCGCAGGGCUUUGUUUGGAAUUUAGCACUAGUCUGAUGAAGCAGGUUUAGAUACAAUUACUUUAGAGAAAUGUUCAUUUACAGGAAAAAAAACAUUGGUGCCUGAAACUAACAGUGUUCUGAUGUUUAAUGCUCACUUGCCUUUUGAAUAGUUCACUACUUAACCUACAGUUUCACUGAUUUUUGUACAGUUCAUUUAAGGCUAUAGGAUCAGUAGUGCACCUUUCUCAGUAAUGUGUGCACACAGCAAGCUGGCAAGCCAUUUGUACAAUGCCAAAUCUGUUUAUCUUUGUACAGAAGCUCUAAUGAAAAGUGUCCUGUAUUUAACAAUUAUUUAAAAUUAUUUAACCUUAAAUUUAUUAAGUUUUGUUCAUCUGCACUAUGAAAAACAGAGUUUGCUGUAAAUUGUGUUGUCUGUAGUUCAUCAGUAAAAAGACUGUCAUGGUUUGUAGUAAAUCUAACAUUUGAAUGCUGCUAGUAUAUAAUAUUCCAUGGUUUGUUUGCUUUGGAAAAUGUGUUCUUUUUAAACUACUCCAUUUGAGAUGUGAUAUACAGUUGCUUUUUUAAUAAAUGUAGGACAUAAAGUUAGUUGCUCAAUCUUUAUUUUCCUGCCAUUUUUAUACUGCCAGUAAAAGAAGAGCGAGAAGCAGCUCAUUCUGUCUCUAAUGGUCUCAAGGCUGAUUUAUAGGGUUAUUAAUAAAGGUAUUAAAUACAAUACUGUGUAAUAAUAAUAUAUCAAUGCCUGCUGAGGAUAGGAAUUCUGAUCUUCCAAACUGUAAGUCAUAGAUAUGCUAUCAAAUGCAAGAGCUGGCUGGUUCUAAAACAUGUGAUUAGAAGAGAUGCUGAGAAGACAAAAGAACAGCAAGGUUACUAAUAGCAACAGAGACAUAAAAGAUAGGACCAUUCAAUAUGUACAUGGAUGAUUCUCAACCUCAAUAACUUAAUCCUGCCCUCCCACCAUUUACAUAGAUACAGCUCUUGUGGCUAAAGGGAUCUAUCUCCUUCUUGAUAACACAUAAUGUUUUGACCUCUACCACUUUCUGUGAUUGUGAAUUCCACAGACUCACCACUCUGGGUGGAGAAAUUUCUCCUCAUCUUUAUCCUUAAUCUAUGUUCCCUGGUUCAGGACUUCCCAACCAACUGGAACAUCGUUCCUGCACCUAACCUGUCUAAUCCUGUUGGAGUUUUAUAGUUUGCUAUAAGGUUGCCCCUCAUUCUUCUAAACCUCCGUGAAUACUAUCCUAACCAAUUCAAUCUCUUCUCAUAUGUCAGUCCUGCCGUCGCAGGGAUCAAUUUGGUAAGCCUUCGCUGCACUCCCUCAAUAGCAAGAAUAUCCUUCCUUGAAUGAAGAGACUAAAAUUGCACACAGGUGUGGCCUCAUCAAUGUCCUGUGUGAUUGCAGCACAACAUCCUUUUUCGUGUUCUCGAAUCCUGUCGUUAUGAAGGCCAACAAAGUUUGCCUUCUAUAUUGCCUGCUGCACCUGGGUGCUUACAUUCAGUGACUGGUGCAGUGUGAGGUGUUGCAAGAUGGCAGCAGAGUAGGACACUUGAGCCAGAGCUCGUCUGCUGCUCUGCUGCCCUAUCUUCUUUCCUUCUUUUUCUCCUCCUUUUCUUCUUCUUCUCCUUUUCUUCCUCCUAGUGUUUUUUCCUACUUCAUCUCCUUCUUUUCCUCUUUGAUUUCCGGCCUCUGGCGAGUGAUGAUCCCUGGUCUCCGACAUUUCCAGCGAGUGACGAUUCCCAGCCUCUGCUGAUGAUUUCUGGCAUGACGUGGUCACCUCCUGGUCUGGCGCAGCAGCCUCCAAGGGAAGGCAUGUCACCAGGACCUGGUGCAGUCUGGAAGCUAUGUGCCAGUGUGGCCUGCUGUACUGAACUCUUCGCUGUAAUACUAGGCCUCUUAUUUCUGUAUUGUCUAAAUCUUGUAACAAAAGAAGCUGUGCCUCGAUACUUUUGUAUAUAGGUUGGUGCUGUAAUUGGCGAUGUAUAAGCUUUUCAAUAUACUGUGAGUACAUUUGACAAUAAAGGACAGUCACUUUUCAUUCACCAUUCCCCUCUUUCAAUUUACAGCUAUUCAAAUAAUAAUCUGACUUCCUAUUUUUGCUACUAAAGUGAAUAAUUUCACAUUUUACUGCACUGCCAUUUAUCUGCUCACUUAUUCACCCCGUCCAAAUCACAUUACAAGUUCAUUAAAUUUACUUAUUUCAAAGCACAAAGGCCCAUUAGCAAAAGGUUCAGCUGUAAUCCGAACUGUUAAUUAAGACUCACACCAGUACUUGGAGGAUGCAGAAUAAACUUCUAGUAGUUGAGAAUACAGAGAGUUCAGCAGAUUAAUCUAGAGGUUAUGCAAAUUGCUGGCAGCAGUGCAUGAGGAGUGGGCCUUCAUAAAUAACUGGGAAUCCCUCUAAAAUUAAAAAAAAAGAAUUAUGUAGGGGAAAUGGGAAGCACUUUAACCAAGGGGAAUGAUUGGUGAUUGAGAGUGAAAAUUACAAACAGGAUGAUUUAAAGCAAAAAGAAUAGUAAUGGCACAAUGUAGGGGCAAAGAUGAGCUAUAAC